AUGAGCGACUCGUCUCUGACUUCGAGCCAGAACAUCAACGGGAUCUAUAUCCCCGUUGGUUUGCUCAUUUUCGGCACCUUCAUUGUGAAAAGAGAAUGGGUUCCCUAUGCUGCCAUUGUGGCAGUCGCCAUUGGCGCUUUGAAGCUCUAUAGUCAGCUGCCCAAAAAGGUCCUCAAGCCGGACGUGUUUCAAGAGUUCGAGCUCAAGGAGAAGACAGUUCUGUCACACAAUACAGCCAUCUACCGCUUCAAAUUGCCAACGCCGACCUCCAUCCUCGGCCUCCCCAUCGGACAACACAUAUCCAUCGGUGCCGCUAUCGAACAGCCUGAUGGAAGCAGCAAGGAUAUCGUUCGGUCUUAUACUCCCAUUUCGGGUGAUCACCAGCCUGGAUACAUUGAUCUUCUGAUUAAGUCUUACCCAACUGGCAACAUCUCGAAGCACAUGGCAUCGCUUGCCGUAGGCCAAACAAUCCGAGUCAAGGGACCCAAGGGUGCCUUCGUCUACACUCCCAACAUGGUUCGUCACUUUGGCAUGAUUGCGGGUGGCACCGGUAUCACACCAAUGCUGCAAAUCGUCCGGGCUGUCAUCAGAGGACGUGCUGCUGGAGACAAAACCGAGAUUGAUUUGAUCUUCGCCAACGUGUCGCCCACGGACAUCCUUUUGAAGGAGGACCUUGACGCUCUCGCAGAGCAGGACAAGGGUUUCAGAGUUCACUAUGUUCUUGACAACCCUCCGGAGGGUUGGACCGGCGGUGUCGGUUACGUCACCGCCGACAUGAUCACCAAAUGGCUUCCAAAGCCCGCUGAUGAUGUCAAGAUCUUGCUUUGCGGACCUCCCCCCAUGGUCAGCGGUUUGAAGAAGACAGCCGAGAGCCUUGGCUUCAAGAAGGCACGACCUGUGAGCAAGUUGGAGGACCAAAUCUUUGCCUUUUAA